ACGCGUCAUCAGCGAGAGCCCCCUCCAGGACGUACGAGCAGCGACGGCGCAGCACGGUGCGGCGCAGCUCCGGCUCCCCUUCCCCCCUUGCUGGGCGAGAGGUGUCUAUGGGGCGUCCGCUGCCGCCGCCGCUCCCGCCACCGCCGCUGGGUGCUGUCUCUAUGGCGAGGAGGAGGAGGAGAAGCGCGAGCUCAGCGACACAAGUACACAAAUAAAGGAUAAAGUAUUUUAUGAAACAGAAUCUUCAAUCAAGUAUAACAUUUUGAUGCUUGGCAGCUAGACUCCUUGUGCCCUCACUAUGCCAGCAGCAACGGUAGAUCAUAGCCAAAGAAUCUGUGAAGUUUGGGCUUGCAACCUGGAUGAAGAGAUGAAGAAAAUUCGUCAGGUUAUUCGAAAAUAUAAUUACGUUGCUAUGGACACCGAGUUUCCAGGUGUGGUUGCAAGACCUAUUGGAGAAUUCAGGAGCAAUGCCGACUAUCAGUAUCAACUAUUGCGGUGUAAUGUAGACUUGUUAAAGAUAAUUCAGCUAGGACUGACAUUUAUGAAUGAGCAAGGAGAAUACCCUCCAGGAACUUCAACUUGGCAGUUUAAUUUUAAAUUUAAUUUGACGGAAGACAUGUAUGCCCAAGACUCUAUAGAGCUACUAACAACAUCUGGUAUCCAGUUUAAAAAGCAUGAAGAGGAAGGAAUUGAGACCCAGUACUUUGCAGAACUUCUAAUGACUUCGGGAGUGGUCCUCUGUGAAGGGGUCAAAUGGUUAUCAUUUCAUAGUGGUUAUGACUUUGGCUACUUAAUCAAAAUCCUGACCAAUUCUAACUUGCCUGAAGAAGAACUUGACUUCUUUGAGAUCCUUCGACUGUUUUUUCCUGUCAUUUAUGAUGUGAAGUACCUCAUGAAGAGCUGCAAAAAUCUCAAAGGUGGUUUACAGGAAGUUGCCGAACAGUUAGAGCUGGAACGGAUAGGACCGCAGCAUCAGGCAGGAUCUGAUUCAUUGCUCACAGGAAUGGCCUUUUUCAAAAUGAGAGAAAUGUUCUUUGAAGAUCAUAUUGAUGAUGCCAAAUAUUGUGGUCAUUUGUAUGGCCUUGGUUCUGGUUCAUCCUAUGUACAGAAUGGCACAGGGAAUGCAUAUGAAGAGGAAGCCAACAAGCAGUCAUGACAUGAAAUAUAGUCCUUUUAUUUUUAUUUUAUUUGAGCGACACACAUGCUUGUAUAUAGGUUUUAUCUCUGGUUGAAUCGAACAACAGACAGUACUUUUUUUCCUUUCAUAUCCCAUUUUAGUUUUUGUCUUUUAGUACUAAGUGUGACUGUCCUAUUUCAGAGCCUAACUAGAAAAGCAUUCAGGUUAAAUUUGGCCUUAAUAUACGUGUUCGCAGGCGUGUGUGACAGAGUGGGAAAGCUGCAUCAUAUAAACUUGACCGACUUGAGCUUGGCUUGUGUUCCCCCUUUUCUAAAUUAACUAGCACUGACUGUAAUUUAUUUCCCUGUUUCAUGUCUCCCUUCCAUUCUGAAGAGUUUUAGCUAUUUGAGAUUGUGGACCAUCAAUUUUGCACUUUAGAGAGUGAUUCUGACUCAGAUCCUCUGUUUUAGCAGAAAAUUUUCUUGCUCUUAGCUGGAAAAAUGGCCAUCUGCCAACUUAUAAAGUAUUUACUUGUUUUUGACCGGUGAAAUACAGCACAUGCAUUGUGCAAAUGGUUGAUUCUACAAGACUGCAAAAAAAAAAAAAGACAAAAACUACUGAGGAGCUUAAUUAACAACUGCUGUUUCUGUACGUAUUGUUUAACCUCCAAGCACCUCUGGUGUCUGUCAGUUUCUCAUUGGCACGUGCGGCUGCUCGGGGACUGGAGAGCUUUCCCCACCUGCUUUCCCCCUUCAGGAAGAUCCCCCGUUUGUGAUCGGAUGUGUAUUGUCUGCCGGGAAACUGGUCUCCCAAGAUGUCGAAGCUGCAGUUUUAUGAUAGCACACUUCCCUUAUCUGCUUCUUCUUCCAUCAGUGUUCACCCUUAUUUUAAAUUUUUUAAAAUUUUAUAGCCAUACUUACAAGCUCUUGUUGUUGAUUCCACAGAUCAAUUUCAUUAAAGUCCAAAGAUAGGAAAUCUUUAGGUAUAUUUUGUACCAAAUUAAAUUAGGAGACAAAAAAAUCGUGCUUGCAUAGUUGUGACAAGGAUAAAGAAUGGAGAGAUUUGGUGCACAACAAUAAAAUACAAAAAUAUAUGUGUUAGCUCUGUGUAUGUUUAUAUGAUAUACACACAGCUAAUAUAUAGCUAUUAAAAUUACCUGAGGAGUGUAAUGUUUGUUUAUUUUUUGUGUAUAUCUUUGCAAUCUAUUUUAUAUAUAUCGACAAAAGAGACUGUGAAAUAUUUAGCCAUACAGAAUAUGUGACUAGACCAGAGCAUGUGUAGGAAGACAUUUUGGAAAUCAUUAAUUCUACCCAGAAAUUAUGGACUACAAGUUAUGAUGUAUGUUACCUGCACUUCAAUCAGUAAUAUUAGCAAAUCUCCAAAUGUUAGCCAGAUUGGUUUGUUCUUGUACAUUCGUUAUUCAUGAUGUUACAGUGCUGUAACUGGGUGGUCCUUUUUAAACAAAACAUUAUUUGCAAAACAGAGGCUAUUAUUUGUUUUUAAAGCUUUUGUAAAUAAAGGCUUCAGAAAUGUUUUCAUAUAUAUGUUGAUGACUGGUAAUUUUGGAAAUAUUUAUUUGGAGGAUUAUUUUUUCUAAAGGUUUGGGCAACUGAGCAGAACUCGGUAACUUCAUUAACUAUCACUAAUUACUGGAAAAUCAGUGUGAGCCUUCUGCAUUUCAACAGUGUUGGCUUAUUCUUCACGAAUACCUCAACUGGGUGUUGAGAAUUGAUUGUCUCUCCAGGGAUGCGUUUAUUCUGAAAGAGUUACAAAGUAAAUGCACUUGGAGUAACUUAAUGUGACUUCUUUUUAGAGCUGAUGCAGUAUAGCAGAUACAGAAUUGGUGUCCUUUUAUUUUGAUCAUCACCUCAAAAAAGAAAAGAAUGAUAAAGAUUGCCUUCUGAAUAGCCACGUAGUUGCUGAAUUUCAUAGUUUGUAUCAAUUUUGGUUUCUGUCUCUAAGCAAUAUAAUAUUUUAUAACUUUGGUAAGAGGAACAUUACAACCUUGACUCAGUCUGGCUUGGGGAUAAGAGACACUGGGCUGAGCGUUUCUGGUGUUCCCGAGCCAUUCGUUCUGGGCUCCCCAUUCUCUGUUAAACCUGCCAGAGCAAGGGCCAGCAACCAAGGCUUGCAGGCCCAAACCAGCCUAACGCUUGUUCCGUGUGGCCAGUUGGCGAGAAUGGUUUUUACAGUUUAAAAACUGUUGGGAAGAAAAUAUUGUAUGAUGUGAAAAGUAUAUGAAAUUUAAACUUGAGUGCCCCUCAGUACAGUUUUGUUGGAGUAUAGGCCCACCCACUCGUGUUCUGUGUCCACGGGCCGCACUGCGGUGGGGAAGCGGGGUAGCCGCUGCAGAAACUGCCUGUGGCCGCGUCUUCAUUUCCCAUUUCCCCGCGGUGUGCUCCCAAGUCAGCGAUGUGGGUGCAGGGCCUUACAGCAUUUUACCGUUCUCUCUGUUACCAAUUCAGACCCAUCGUGUCUUGAGAAAAGAAGGGUGUGCUUUUAAGGUACGUUGAAAUACGCAUUAUCUUAUCAAAUGAUACGCUAAAGAACACAAUGUAUGUUGACAUAACCAGGCCAAAGCGUCAUCACAGUAUUCCUAACUCACGGGAAAGCAGCAUUUAAGAGAACUAGAAAUUUUAAAACGGAAUAACUCAUCACAGCAUUUCUUCACACUAACAAAAAACGGAAAUGCGGCUGCCACCAGAGGGUGCUUUCGAGGGGCCCGCCAGGUGGCGGAGCAAAGGCGCUGACUGAUGGUGGGGUGCCCCUCAUUGCUUCAGGGCCGUAGCCCAGAGAAAGGUGUCUAGAGAGAAGGAAACCUCAGCUUUUCGGUGAGAACAGUUGCUUGAAGAGAGGCCACUGUUCACAAAAUCGGCAGUUAAUUCUAAAACCAGACACAUAAUUUCGAGCGUUUUUCUCUGGCCCCCAAUGAGUCAGUAGUGUCCGGCUCUUACCCGGGAAACCAGCACCUAGUUUGGGGUGACUGAAGGACCGGCUUCCAUUGUACUAAUGGUCUCUGUGGAACGACGACAGGUGUGACCGUUUCCGAGCAGGUGAGGAGCUAGCCAGUCAGUGCAGCCUGAAGUGGAGUCCACCCCGAUGCGACACGCCUGAUGGUGGUAAAAGCACGCGUGGAGCAGAAAGUAGUUGGUCACGUGUCAAAACUCGUGCAAAUGUACUAAGGUGUGUGGGUUUGGCAGGCACCCAUUUCACUUGUGUCGUACACCUUUGUUUUCUUCUGAACAGCAAUUAACUUUGUUCAUUGUUGGCUGGUGUCGUAUUACUGCAAAGAUCAUGUAGAAAGUCAAUAAAAUCAUGAUUCCGCUCUA